GUAACCCAUCACCGACACGUCCCCCAGUGGUGUAGUUUGUCUGAGCAGGUUGGUCAGAGCACCAGAGUGUCGUGAUGUCUUAGAGAGUACAAAGCUACCUGAAGAGUCUGCACCUGAACGCACCAUGUUGCUAGUUUAACGGAUAUUAACGUUUCUCCGUCGACAGUUAACGAAUAAACCCCGAUAACGAUUCAUCUAGUUAUUCAGCUUUUAACGCGUCUUUCCUCCGGUGUGUUUUUGAGCGUUAUCUCAGCUUACUUUUAGUUAUUGUUGUAGACUUUUCUAAACGGACAUGAACGCGCUUUUUGACCGCUUUCACAACUUCAUCCUGCCGUUGGUGCGAGGAGAGGACGCGGUCUGCGGCUGCAGCUGUGGAAGGCAUCAAGUCUAUCAUGUCGUGCCAUAUUAUGGAGCCCAGUCCAUGGUGGAUUCCAGAGAACACUACGCUGUGAGUGACAUCAUGACCCGGCAGGAGAUGAACGUGAUAGUUGGACUGCUCUUGGGACUCUGCAUCAGCCUGUUCUUGCAGUGGCUGGAUAGCGUUUGGCACUCACGGCUCAAAUCCUGGAGGACAAACCAAAUGAAUGAUGUGGCUUUCUGGUCAUGGAUGCCCAAAUUCAGUAACACAAGGGAGUUCUUCAGGCGGUUACAUCCAAAACACAUGGAGGACUCCAGGGGGAACAUGCUGCACAUCAAUCAAGAUAUGUACCAUAAUGUUAAAGACACAUAAAGAUAAAUAAAAAUAUGGAAUAAAUUCAA